AUGGACGCUCGCCCCGCCCUCAUCUACCUCGCCCAAGCAUCCCUCUCCGAUCUUCCGCCGGGCUUGACAGCCGACUUGCCCACUCCUUCCCUCAUCCUCGAAGCCGACAAAGGCGACAUCUACAGCUCUUCCAUCUGGCUCGGCCUCGCACCGACUUAUACACCUUUACACCGUGAUCCGAACCCGAAUCUAUUCGUGCAGCUGGCAGGAAAAAAAGUUGUGCGGCUGUUCCGCCCGAAUGACGGAUCAAACAUCUUCGAUCGCGUGCAGGAGAGGAUUGGAGGUCGGGCUUCGGCGAGUAUGAGAGGGGAAGAGAUGAUGCAUGGCAGGGAAAAGGAGGUUUUGGAGGAUGUGGUCUGGGGCGGGAGGUCAGAGGGAGAUGAAGAAUGUUGGGAGGCGGAGCUGGCAAGUGGUGAUGGGUUGUUCAUACCGAAGGGAUGGUGGCAUAGUAUCAGAGGUGUUGGCAGUGGUAUGACUGGGUCGGUCAAUUGGUGGUUUCGGUAA